GCUGUUGUUGCUGUUGUUGUUGCAGCAAUUGCUGUUGCUGUUGUUGCUGCUGUUGUUGUUGCAAUUGCUGCUGCUGUUGUUGCUGUUGUUGCUGUUGCUGUUGUUGUUGUUGUUGCAAUUGCUGCUGCUGUUGUUGCUGCUGUUUUUGUUGCAAUUGCUGUUGCUGUUGUUGCUGCUGCUUUUGUUGCAAUUGCUGUUGCUGUUGUUUUUGUAGUUGUUCCCGUACACUUCCCUGAUUAG